ACAAAAUACCGCACGAGCUGGAGAAGGCCUUCUGCUGUUUUUAGUAGGGAAAGAGGGGAAGAAAAAUGGCGGCUGUGUGCGACCCGGAGCGGGACACCGGCCAUUCCGUUCGAGCUUUCGCCCGUUAAUCGAGUCCGCUGCUUGUGACGGACUUUUGGAAAGAAGUUUAUGGGAGGCUGGGCUCGGAGUUUAUUGAUAAUAUCGUGCUUUGGUGUGAUUUUCUUUCUGUACGACUCGUGGCGCGAAAUAAGGUUGUAAAUAAAGAGAAAACAGCAAUAAAAUAGUGUAACAUCCUUUUAUAAAAACAACAUGAGAGGAAGAAGAAGUAGACCAGCUGUAAGGGGACUGGUGCCGGAGGAGGCAGCGGUGCUGCGUGGAAGGCGAGGCAGCAGAGGCAGAGGCAGGGGUAGGGGCAGAGGCAGAGGGCUGUGGAUACUCGACUGUGUGCUGGAUGAGAACUACCAGCCAUCAAAAAGGGGGCGACGGAGAGGAAGCUCGUUACCAAGGGGCAGAGGAGGCAGAGGCAGCAGGGGCAAACGGGGAGGAAGAGGAAGAGGAGGAAGGCGCAAAACAUUGAGCAAAAUAAUUUACGACGACCACGAGAGCAGCAACGAGGAGGAAGACGACGUGGUGACUUUACACUCCGAGGAAGACGAGGACGACUUCUUCCGGCGAUCUGAAGAAGAUAAUGAAGAAGAGCAUUUAGAUGAUGAUGAUGAUGACGACGAUGGCUCUGAUUAUGUGGAGGAACCGCCGGACGAGGACGAGGACGACGCGAGCUGCAGCAGCACCUGCGGCGACACACCGGGCCGUAGGAGAACUCGUGUGCAUCGUCCAUGUUCCCCUGUCUUUGAGAAGGAGAAUGUCCCCUAUCUGGAACUCCCCAAGUCAUCCGAUGAUGUGCUGGUGCCAGCGACGCACCUCCUCACGGCAGCUUCCAUCUAUGAGGUGCUGCGGAACUUUAGCACGGUGUUGCGUCUCUCUCCUUUCCCCUUUGAGGACUUCUGCACAGCUCUGUCCGGACAGGAUCAGUGCACGCUGCUGGCCGAGACUCACAUCUCGCUCAUGAAGGCCAUCCUGCGUGAGGAGGACACGUCUAACACGAACUUCGGCCCAGCAGAUCUGAAGGACAGCGUGAACUCGACCCUUUAUUUUUUGGAUGGGAUGACGUGGCCCGAGGUGGUGCGGGCCUACUGCGAGAGUGAUCUCGAGUACCAGCAUCUUCUGAGCUUCCAGAACCAAGACAACUUCCCCUACGAACCUCUUGAGAGCAAGCUGAAAGUCCUACAGUUCCUGGUGGAUCAGUACUUGGCGACUAAUGUGGCACGGGAGGAGCUGAUGUCAGAGGGCGUGAUCACGUACGACGAUCACUGCCGCGUGUGCCAUCACCUUGGUGACUUGUUGUGCUGCGAGACAUGCUCUGCUGUCUAUCACCUGGAGUGCGUGAAGCCACCGCUGCUCCAGGUGCCCGAGGAGGAGUGGCAGUGUGAGGUGUGUGUAGCUCACCGGGUGCCAGGCGUGUUCGACAGUCUCACAGAGAGUCAGAAGACCCGCCCCUACAUCAGACACGAGCCAAUCGGAUUCGACCGUCACAGGAGGAAAUACUGGUUCCUAAACCGAAGGAUAAUAGUUGAGGAAGAUGGCGAGCACGAGGACAAGGCGAUCUGGUAUUACAGUACCAAGGUGCAGCUGGCGGAACUAUUAGAAGUGCUGGAUAAGACCUACUGGGAGAAACAGCUGUGGACCACACUGGAGGAACUGCGAGAUGAGAUCCACACACACAUGGACAUCACUGAGGAGCUCACUAACAAAGCCAGAGGCAAUAACAAGUCUUACCUCACUGCAGCUAACGAGGAGAUCCUGGAGCGAGUGAGAGCCAAGCAGGAGCAGGAGAUGGAGGAGGUGAAGAGAAAAGCCACAGAGGAGCUGCAGAAAUUUAAAAGGGAGGAAUCACAGGAACAGCUCUCUACCACUGAGGCCCCUGAUGACCAAUCCCUACAGGUCCAAACAGGCACUGAGGAGGACAACCCUGCAGCUGAGGCAUCCUGUGAUUCAGAGUCUCUGGGGACUUCUGUGUCCUCCAUGCCCCAGCUUGUGGGGCCUUCUGGCAGGUCAGCUGAGCUCAGUGAGCCCCAGAAAGGGAGCGGUCUGGAGGAGCUGCCCGAGACGACAGAUACAUCCUCGAGUUCAGGCGCCAGUGUUGAGGAAAGGCCUCCGUCCCCACAGACUGCUGAUGAGAACAGCAGUCUAAAAGGAGCAGACAGUCCGGAUGCUACAGAGAAAGCUUGUAUCUCCAGCCAGGAUGAGAAGGGUGAAGGGAAGGAGAAAGGAAGUGGUGAGAUGAUGACCGGGAUGCACGGGACAUUGGCAGCUACACGCAUGGUGACCCGCCUGCGCAACCCAGACAGCAAACUGAGUCAGCAAAAGAGCCAGAAGGUGGCAGCAGCACUCCAUGAGUCAUAUAGAGUGUUCAAGGAUGGAAAAGAAGUUCUGGUGAGCCAGCAAGCAGAAAUAGCCCGCCUCAAUUCACACAACACCAAAGACCUGGUCAUGAAAGGUUCCUUCUUCCGCCUGGGCCAGGAAGGCAAGUACCGUGCCUACCAGAACCAGUACAGCACUAACACUCUGGCGCUCAACAAGCAUCAGCAUAGAGAAGACCACGACAAGCGCAGACAUCUCUCACACAAGUUCUGCCUCACCCCUGCUGGAGACUUCAAAUGGAACGGCUCAGUUUAUGGCUCCAGGAUGAUCACCAUGUGCACACUGAGGCUCACUAUCAUCCAGUUGGAGAACAACAUCCCAGCACCAUUCCUGCACCCCAACUGGGACUCCCAUAGGGCAAACUGGAGCAAGGCUGUGCAGAUAUGCAACAAGGCACGAGAGUUUGCUUUGGCUUUAGCCAUCCUUGAGUGUGCCAUCAAACCAGUGGCCAUGCUGCCUGUGUGGAAGGACUCAUUGGGGCACACACAGCUGCACCGUAUGACAUCCAUUGAGCGGGAAGAGAAGGAGAAGGUGAGGAAGAGGGAGAAGAAACUGGAGGAAGAGGAGACCAUGCAGCAGGCCACUUGGGUCAAAUAUACCUUCCGUAUUAAACAUCAGGUUUGGAAACAGAAAGGAGAAGAGUACAGAGUGACUGGUUAUGGGGGCUGGUGUUGGAGAAGUAAGACUCGCGUCCAUCGAUUUGUUCCAAGACUUCCCGGGAACACCAACGCCAACUACCGGCAAGAGCGAGAGGCUGGCAAGAGCAUCAGUAAUACUGCAGACUCAACCCUUGUGAAAAGUCCUGAAAUGCCUGAGAGCAGAGCAAAGGAGGAUAAAAAACAGACAGAUGAAAUGAAAGAGGACGACAGGAAGAAGGACGUAGAGAUGAACAUUGAGGCAAAUACACCUGGUACUCAGAUGGAUGAUGGAAAAGGUUCAGGUGAUGCCCCUGUUAAGCAGGAACAGGAAGAACCCAAUCCUAUAUUUUACGACUUGGUCAACGUGAGUGAGGGCUUCCUGCUCCGCACAGCUUACAAGAAGAAGGUCAAUCCUGCCAAACUGGAUGAGCUGCUUGAGCACCGGGUCAAGCAACAAGUCAUCGAGGAAAGACAAAAGAAGUCAGCUAUUUGUACUAAUCCUAAAGUCGUGAUCCAAAGGCUCAAGUUUAAAAUGGAGCCACAUGGAGCGGUAGCGUGCAUUCAGCCAGAGGUUAAAUCAGACGCCAAGAAGAUUACAGGAACGCAGGAGGUAACCAAAGAGCCUGUUUUAUCUUUGGAGCAUUCUGAUAGCCAGGAAGCUGGGACAAAUGGGUCAACAGGUGAGUGUGAAGGACAAGUAGGGAUUGUAGGAGGUAGUAGCACACCCAACCAAACUCAGUCUUGUAUUCAAAAGACUACACCAUUUUUCCCAGGGGUCACAAGUAAGCAGUCUGUUGGUGUCAAUGAUACAAGCCUGAGUGAAAGUUGUACUGUUCUCCCAUCAUCUGGAAUCAGCAGUGAGCAAAAACUAUUUAACACGGUGAACCAGCAGUCAUUAGGAGAGAAUAGGGAUUGUUACAGGCACCAGGAGAGUAAAGGAAAUAGUUCACUUUUCUUGCAAAACAGCAGACAGGAUGUUAAGGAACCAGUUCCUGAGGGGACACUGACCAGUAGGGUGGUAAACAAAUUGAAUGACCGGACAAUGGAGGAGGAUAAGAAGGUGCUGUUGCUCAAGGACCCUCUGAAACCUUUAUUAAAUGGAGGUACUAUUCUGGGUGGGGAUCUCAAGAGAAUCAGCAACACGGAUGCCUCAGAUGGAAAUCUUGAGUAUCUUCCCCCACAGAAGGUUCCCCGUCUUGGCGUCACCGUUGAGGAUCUGGCACUGUCCUCUCCAACCAUCCCCAAAUCAGAACCUCCGUUAGAUCACAAAGAGCACAACAGCAUGGAAGCCAGGUUGGACGAGGAUGACAGAGUAUCCCAGGGGACAGUUGUUCCCUCUUCGGUGCUGUCCACGGAGGAGUCGAGUCUCAGCAACGAUUUUGUAGAGAGCACAUGCAGCAGGGAUUCUCACACAACAACGAUGGUUCCGCAAGUUACUACCACCAUAACUGCCACCACUAAAUCUCAGACAAUUUGCAGCAGUACAGUGAUGGAGAGCACUGUUUUUACCCUCACCACCACAACCAAACCAACGGUCAAACAGGAAACAAAAACCGCCAUGGCAUCUUCCUCAACAGAAAACUCAUCCCUGGUAGUCUCCAAGGCAGUAACACGGGUGCAGUCCACGCGAGAACGUGUGCAGCUCAUUCGCUUUUUUCAUACAAAGAAGGUUAGAUCUGAAACAGCUCUUCCAUCUUACUGCAAGUUUGAGACCAACAGCUCCAAGAAGAGCAUUUUCAUUCUUCCCGGCGAAGAGCUGAAGAAGCUGGCACGCAAGGGUGGCUUUAAGGAAGUGUCAGUUUUCAACUACAAUGCCAAACCCGCCCCAGAGUUCUGGCCCUAUCCAUCUCCCAGACCCACAUUUGGCAUCACCUGGAGGUAUCGUCUCCAGAAUGUGAAUUCUUUAGCAGGGGUGAGUCUGAUGUUGCGGCUUCUUUGGGCUUGUCUUCGCUGGGAAGACAUGGCCAUCAAACCUUCCUCUAAUGCUGGAACGACACGCACAGAAACAUCCGAGACGGACAUCACCACCACAGAGAUCAUCAAGCGCAGAGACGUCGGCUCCCGAGGUAUUCGGUCAGAAUACUGCAUAAGGAAGAUCAUCUGUCCUCUUGGGGUCCCUGAAACACCUAGAGCAGAGACGUGCACACCACAAAGGAAAGGCCUGCGCUCCAGUGCUCUCCGCCCCAAACGCCCUGAGCCGGGCAAGCAGGAUGGUCCGAUCAUCAUCGAAACUUGGGUGCCCGAAGAAGAUCUCCACUUGUGGGAAAUCCGAGCAUUUGCAGAGCGAGCGGAAAGGGAGAAAGCCCAGGCAGCAGAGCAGGCCAGGGUUAGUGCUCGGAGGAAAGCACUGGAGCUUCAGCAACAGAAACGCCAGGAACAAAAGCAACAAGCUGCGGCAGCCUCCACUCCCUCGGCCAACCCUGCCACCCCCAGCAAUCCCAAAACCACAGCAGGGUCCCUCACCAGCCAGGUCACACCCGGAACCAAAGUGGUACUGGCCACUAAGAUGGGCACGCCAGUAGCAUUCCAGCAAAAUAAAAACUUCCAACAAACAUUUGCUACCUGGGUCCAAGGUCAAGUGUCCAGCAGCACUGUUACCACCGUCUCCACGACGACGGGGCAAACCUUCCAGAUCUCAGGCAGUCCCGUGUCUGUAACAGGCAAAGUCAUCCCUCUUCCUGCCAACAGCAAGAUCUUCACACUCAGUGUGCCCAACAUGCAAGGAGGUGUACAGCAGAAAGUAGUUGGCAUCAUUCCAUCCGGUACUACAGGCAACCAGCAAACCAUCACCACACUGCAGCCCAACACAACUACAGUCAAUAUAGCAGCUAAGGCACAGGGAACAGUUACACAACAGGUGAUCACGACUGGUGGACAGCUAAGAACGGGGAUGACAGUUUUACGAACGCCUGCACAGCAAGGAGCUGCUCUAGGAAAGACCAUCCACAGAGCCCCAAUGGUGGUGCAGCAAGGUCAGGCUGGGAAGGUGGUGACCCAGAUCAUCCAAGGACAGCCUGGUAGCCCUGCAGGCAACACACAGAUCCGGGGCACAACCCCACAAACAACGGCCAGCCCCAGAGCAACACAGGGUCCGGUCAAACUAACCCUCGCUCAGCUCUCACAGCUCAGUCAGGGGACACAGAAGCAGCAGGGAGCAGCAGUGGAAAGCCAGCAGGGGGUCACAGUGAUGGUGCAGGGGCAGGGUCAGACAGCAGGUCAGCUGCAAGUCAUCCCUCAUGGUGUGACCGUGAUCCCAGCAGCUGGGCAGCAGCUCAUGCAGGCCGUCUUACCCAACGGCCAGGUGCAGCGUUUCCUCUUCACACCCACUGCUUCACCUUCAACACCAGGUCAAACUCAGCCUGUCCUCAAGACCUGCAUUCCCUCCCCUGCCCAGCCGGUGCAGGCUGGAGCCUUUGCCCCCCGCACGCCACCGAUGACUGACAAGGCCCAAAUGCCAAUCCAGUCUCCCACCCCUAUACAGGCAAAAGCUACAGUGAAUCAGAUGGCUGUAAAACAGCAGCAGGUGAGACCCCAGCUGCAGCUCCACCAGGGGGCCCAGGUCAUUGCAGUUUCAGGGUUGCAGUUCAAGCCAGAGCAGACUGUUAAACUCCAGUUGCCCAUACAGAUCCAGCAGCAGGCUGGUGCCACAUGCCAGGCAGGUCUAAAGUCUCAGCAGAUCCAGAAUGUGGUGACGUUACAGACAGCCAGUGUCCAGGAACAGCUCCAGAGGAUCCAGCAGCUCCGUGAGCAGCAGCAGCAAAAGAAACGGCAGCAGCAGGAGGCAAAGAAAGAGCAGCAGCAGCAGGCCAUCAGCCAGAGCGACCUGAUCCAAAAGCAGGUGGUGAUGAAGCAGAAUGCGGUGAUUGAGCAGCUGAAACAGAAGAAGACCAUGACGCCAACAGAACGAGAAGAGAACCAGAGGAUGAUCGUUUGUAACCAGGUGAUGAAGUUCAUCCUGGACAAGAUCGACAAGGACGAGAGGCAGGAAGCGAGGAAGAGGAAACGAGAGGAGACGGUAGCGCAGAAACACAGCAAGCAGAUGGCCAUGAAGCUCUCAGCCCUGCUCUUUAAACACAAAGAGCAGCUUAAAGCUGAGAUCCUGAAGAAGAGGGCACUGCUCGAUAGACAGCUGCAGCUGGAGGUGCAGGAGGAGUUGAGGCGAGAUUUAGAGAAGAUCUGUCAGGAAAGAGAACAAAUUCAACCUGCUGCCGAUUUCCAGAUCACAAGCACGACAUCGCCGACAACUUAUAAACGCAGAUAUGAGGAGGAGAUCGCUGCCAAAUCCAAGAAAAAGAUGAUCACAACUACCUCAAGAGAAACCAAGAAGGACACAAAGCUGUAUUGUAUCUGCAAGACACCGUACGACGAGACCAAGUUUUAUAUAGGCUGUGAUUUGUGCACCAACUGGUACCACGGUGACUGUGUGGGCAUCACAGAGAAGGAGGCAAAGAAGAUGGACGACUACAUCUGUGCGGAGUGUAAACAGGUGCAAGAGGGAACCACAGAAGAGCUCUACUGCAUCUGCAGAACUCCUUACGAUGAAGCUCAGUUCUACAUCGGCUGUGACCGCUGUCAGAACUGGUACCAUGGCCGCUGUGUGGGGAUCCUGCAGAGCGAGGCGACGUACAUCGACGAGUAUAUCUGCCCUCAGUGUCAAUCCACAGAGGACGCCAUGACCGUCCUCACACCCCUCACAGAGAAAGACUACGAGGGAUUACGAAGGAUCCUCCGCUCACUCCAGGCUCACAAAAUGGCGUGGCCCUUCCUGGAGCCGGUGGACCCCGAAGAUGCCCCUGAUUAUUAUAGAGUAAUAAAGGAGCCUAUGGACCUCUCGACGAUGGAGGAGCGACUGGUGAAUCGUCACUACAGUAAGCUGACUGAGUACGUAGCGGACAUGACCAGAAUCUUCGAUAACUGUCGAUACUACAACUCCAGCGACUCACCCUUCUAUCAGUGUGCAGAGGUGCUUGAGACCUUCUUCGUCCAGAAGCUUAAAGUUUUCAAAGCAAGCAGGUCUCAUAACAACAAAGUGCAGUCUACACCUUCCUAUUUAUAAGUUCUUUGGUAAUUCUGUACCCUGGGCAUUGGUUCUGCCAGUUGAGCUCCUGUUUCCCACAAUGCCUGGAAGACACUGUGCUGGAGAUCCUGCUCUUACAGGAAGCGUGAGAUCAGAGAUCAGUGACACAGGAUACAGACCGAACCAUUGUACAGCAGCAAUGGGAAGAAGAUCAAGAAGAUUGUAAAGAAAGAACACGGUCUGAGAUGUUUUCUUGCAGAUGAUGGAACAUCACCUGGGCAUGUACCAAACUAUCCACACUGAUCCUUUACAGUGUGCUAAAGCAGAACUUGGGCUAUGAUGCAGUGUUCCAAUGUACUCCAAAAUCGGGAUAUUUUAUAAUAAAAUAUUUCUAGUAGAAAUAGGUUUUUAAAUGCAUUCCACUUCUUCUUCCUCUUGAGGGAUAUGGUGAUGUUUUGCACUUGUCCAAAACCAGAAAUGUAGUUUUUCAUUACACACUGAAAAACAAGAACCAGCCCAAACAAGAACUAGUGGAACUUUGGCGCUUUUUUUUUUUUUGCCUCUACCACUCUGCCAUGACCAACAUGUACAAGAGGAGACUUGCUGUUAUUGGAAAAUAAUUUGUCAGAGAUAUAACCUUAUAACAGCACACUAUUGAGUGUUGUAUAUUUUAUGUAAUUUGCCAACUAUUGCUAUUUAUUUAUUAUUCAUACUUUGUACUGUUUACCAUCACAUUUAUUAUUGGAGUACAUAUGUGCUACAAGGUACCUUCCUGUUCUUAAAGCAGUCUCCUCAGUCUUAGACAUUUCCCAAAGACUUACAGACUGUUACAAAGUGCUGACAAUGGAGACUCCUUAGUUAAAUGUAACAACACCUUCUGACCAAUCGGAUUUAAGAAUUCAGCAGGGCUGUGGUCUAAACAACACACACGCCUUUGUUGGCACCUCUAAUGAGUUUUACGAUGUGCUGUUAAAUGAAACAAAUGACUCACAAAGUGUGAGCCUUGAAACCAUUCCGAAGCCUUAGUCCUGGUUACUGAAAACUGGUACUGGUGCUUUGCAAGUUGGGAAAAAGCCAUUUGUUUCCCAUUAAACUUUUAAUCGGUGCAUGUAGUGUGCAUCAGAACCUUCGGGAAAUCUAACCACAUGAGAUAAGAGGAUAUUUCAUGAAAGGUGGAAUAUUUUAUCUAGUAUUGGUAAGUAUGGAGAGCACAAAAAGGUUACAAAUCCAAACCAAAGUGAUUGUCAAAUACCCAGUUAUUUCUGUAAGAUCAACACUUGAGAUUCAUUUUAACUGAGAUCCAAGGUCAUUUCCUCAGGUUUGAAGUACAAUGGAACACAACAUCAUUUCUGUAUCAUUUAUACCAAACUUUUAAACAAGUGUCUGCCUGUUCCCAUCUUUGUCCAGUCUACAAACACUGUCACAAUAAUUAGUGGUCUAGAUAAUUUGAUCAUCAGAUGUUUAGAACAUCCAGAUCCAGUAUCACUCUCACAACUCCUGGACUUCAGAUGAAAACAGCCUGGAAAACAACCCAGUGCUUUAUUUCUAUUACAGACCAUGUGCCAGAAAAAUAUGUAUACUUGUUUAUAUAUAAAUAUAUAUAUAAUUUUCUAAAUAUAUAAAUGGUCUAUUUUUUAUGUAUUUAAUUAUUUUUCUGAGUGAAGCAAUUUACACUGAGGAGAAUUAAUGCAGAAAUGUUUAACAUUUAUAACUGAAGCUGUUUUGAACAGGGAAGGGAAAAAAAUUGCUAAACAAAUAAAUGGCGCAUGAACCCUAAAAGAUCUUCAGGUGGAUCUUCUGGAGACUGAUGAUACACUGAUGAUUUCUCGAAUACUCAUUUGAAGAGUCUUAUCGUGCCUGAAUGUGGCUGACUGACACCGUUUGUUUUACUGCUGUUUCAUUUUGACAACCUCUGGUUAUUUGUGGAACUUUUUAGUUACAUCUCUCUCACACUGGCACAUAGACACAGAAUUUAUUUCAAAGGAAUGCCCUAAAUGUAGUCAAUCAGUGAUACAAGGCUAAUGUAGCUAACAAGUAAACGAAGUCUACCUCACGCGAACACAAACCUUCAUCAGUAAUGUGGUUUAGUUGACAGUGUUGGCACUUAGGUUAAUCUCAAAAUGCAAAUAAACCUUCACCAUGAACAAAUGAACAUCACAUAUUGAUUAUAAUUAUUGACCUGAUGCAUUUCUCCUUUAAAUCACAGAAAUACAGGCUUUUCUGCUGUACUACAAAUUUCACUUCAUUUGUAUAACGCUUAAUAAUAGGCUGACAAAACAGCUUUACAGAAAUCUAUUUUAAAUCCUACAAACAAUGGAAGUCAAACUUGUAGUCAGUGUAAUACGAUAGACCUGUACUAUUUGAUAGCAAUAGCUUCCUAGCUUUAUUGAAAAACUAAAACAAAUUUCAGAUAUCAGAAAUAUAUCUUGACUGAUCGACUACAUUUGAGGAAAAGUGUGUGAGAAUACAGUGUGUGCCUGUGUAUGUGUGUGUGAGCUAAUAUGUUCAUUCACAUGUCUUCAUACUAUUCUAGAACUUGUCGCUGCAAUAUAUAAGGUUAAUAAUAGUUAGAAAGAUCUUAGGCAUUUUAUAUUUUGCAUUUUCUUUUUAUUUCUCAUUUAAAAAAAACUUUUUAGAUAUUUGAGAUGUAUUUUCACCUUAAUCAUUUGAGUUUUAUUUACUCACAAAUCUUCACAGGCAUAAAGAGUUUAAUUAAAGUAACGGAUAUGUGAUAGUCAUUGAACGUUAAUAGUAGUGGGAUUUCAUUUCAUGAACCAAUUCAGUAAACCUCGACAGGUGCCUGAUGAGUUAUCUUAAUGAAGUAAUUAGUAUUCCUAGCCACUUUCAUUCGUUCCCUUACAAAGCUAAUCAGAACUCUUUAUUCUGGUAGAUUUUUGAGUAAAUAGAAAUACAUUGGGCAUUUACGUUUUGGUUAAAUUAUCCUUUGGAUUAAAAUGCUGCAUAUUGUGGGAGUAAUGAAGGAAAAAGUUUGCUAGUUUUUUUUUUUUGGUUUUUUUUGUGUUGUUGUUUUUUAUUCCCCUAUAAAUGCAAACUGAGCCAGUCUUUUCUCAUCAUAAUAUACUGUACAGUUAAUUUAUCAUAUCUCUUGGAUGCUUCGUUUUAUAGUAAGUCAAAGAAAAGCUACAAGGAAUGUGGAAAAAAUAUGUUUUUAAUAGACUGCAUCAACAAAGAGAUCUUUUGUACUUUAUAGAACAUUUCCUGCUAGAUAAUAAAAAGAAAAAAUUAAUGAA